UAAUCAGUCUAGCUGAAGCCUUGCUACUGUUCAGACCAACAAUUUCGGAAUACUUCAUCUAAAUUCCAGCGCCUUUUAUAAAAAUUCUAUCCAAAAUGAAAACGUUGAACUUUUUGGCUCCCAUUUCGCAAAUAGUUAGGCCUAUUCGGGCGCAAAGUACUUCGCGAGUUAACGCUCUUCUGAUAAAUGUGCCGAGAGUUCAGAUUUCGAAGGGAAAGAACAAGUACCUAUUGAUGACGAUCCACAUGCACGGCUUUACCAGGUUCGGCAGGACGAUCGUUAGGGGAUCCGACUCGAAGGACCACGAGCAAAUUUAUGAGGAAACAGUGGAGGAAAUGGACGAUAUUGGCAUAUGCACGAAGUGCCUGGGCGGCGGGUUCAUCAAUAACAAGGAGGAUAAGAACCUGAUCAAGAUUUAUGGGUGCUGCAAGACCUUCGGGGAAGCCCCGCACGGCAGGACAAAGGACAUUCUGCUGUCGUGGACCAAGUACCAGCACUUCAACAUCGUCUUGCCCAAAAAGAACUUGAAUGCGUAUGAGGAAUAGGACAAAGGCUCAGUGAGGCGCAAUGAAAACCCAUGUUAAUUUUAAAGUAUUCCUUAUUGGCAAUUUUUAGCAACAAAAUAAACUGUCCAUGGCUAAGGAA